AUGCAAGCGGUAAAGUGCGUGAUAGUCGGUGAUGGAGCUGUAGGGAAGACAUGCCUUCUGAUCAGUUACACCACGAAUGCAUUCCCCAAUGAAUACAUUCCUACCGUCUUUGACAAUUAUAGUGCAACAGUGAUGGUAGAUUCAAAGCCAAUUAACUUGGGGUUAUGGGAUACAGCAGGACAAGAAGACUAUGAUAGACUUAGACCACUUUCAUAUCCACAGACAGACGUGUUUCUUAUUUGUUUCUCUGUUGUCUCUCCUCCUUCUUUUGAUAACGUAUCAUCAAAGUGGCAACCUGAAGUCGUUCACCAUUGCCCUAAGACUCCUUGCCUCCUUGUCGGAACUAAGUUGGAUAUGAGAGAAGACAAAGACCAACUCAAGCGACUCGAGGAGAAAAAGAUCACCCCAAUCACCACUGAACAGGGUAUGGCUAAGGCAAAAGAUAUCGGAGCUGUUAAGUACAUCGAAUGUUCUGCUCUCACACAGAAAAAUUUGAGACUCGUCUUCGAUGAGGCAGUGAGAGCCGUCAUCUCUCCCGCUGCAGGCGCUACAAAAUCAUCAGGCAAAAAACAAGGGUGCGCUCUGUUCUGA